GAGUUUCAUCCCUUACAUCUGGCGCACAACGUGAGGGCCGUGCCGUGGCAUUACAGUGUUUAUGACUGUCGAAACACGACGUAAAAAGCUUCUGCGACAAAGUGUAGAGAUGGCGGUCAAUAUGACUGAAGGUCAAUUUCAGCAGUUGUUGGGAGUGAUCACUAGCGCUGCACGACCUGCUCCGCCUCCAACGAAACACAGCUCCUUCGCCAAGGCCACGUUUUUCUACGAUGGGAAAAGGGAUCCGGUCUGCGUGGAAACGUUUCUAACGGCGGCUACAUGUUUUAAAAACGUCGGCAACAUAAGCGACAACGACGCAAUACGUAGCUUACCACUAAUCCUGAAGGAAGACGCAGCCAUAUGGUGGAAUGGUAUCAAGGAUUCUGUGAGAACCUGGGCGGAUUUCGAGAGCAGGCUACGAAGAGCAUUCGCACCCAAAAAGCCAGCGCACAUGCUAUUUAAACAGAUCGUCCUGACUGAUCAAGGACCUCAUGAGCUGACGGAAACGUUUGUAGCCAAGAAGCGCGACCUGUUUGCUCAGCUGUCAGAACCACUGUCAGAGACUCAUCAACUCGACAUGGUAUACGGGAACCUACACAGACGUAUAAAAGAGAGAGUUCCAAGGGAAACUGUCUUGAGUUUCGAUUCUCUUCUCGAAGCAGCACAGGCAGCUGAAUUGCUAUUGCACGACGAGCCAUCCUCACGAGCUAGGAGUAAGGAGCGCAUCCGGUGCAACUACUGUCGGAUUGUGGGCCACACAGAGGACGUGUGCCGCAGAAAGGCAAAGGAAGCAGCGACACGUGAAGCUGGUCGAGCUGCCACGAAGACCAAACCUUCGGCGCCAGUCUCAGCCACGACGGCUACGCAAGCGCCAUCUCCAUCUCAGCCUAUUUUUUCUUGCUACGGUUGUGGAACGCCGGGAGUAGUUCGGAGUAAAUGCCCAAAGUGUGCUGAAGCUAAGAAGGUGACCAAGACAGAACGUGUGGACUUCUGCGCCACGGGUAUAGCUGAAGAUGACUCGAUGGAUAUUCGUAAGAGGCCUGUGAUUGGAAUUGGGAUAGAUGACAUCACGGGGACAGCUUUUCUGGAUUGUGGAGCCAAAAGUAAUGUGGCCUCUUAUCAACUAUAUACCUGUCUGAAAAGGCGUGGCUACCGCAUCAGUGUGGAACCUGCACGAGUGACACUGGCUGAUGGCGAGGAAAAAUUGCAAGAAGUUUUAAAGCUUAGAUGCAUGGUCAAGGUAUGUGAUCGUGCCGUCCCCACGAAGUUCAUUGUGUUCCCCGGCAAGCGGGAUACACGUACACUCCUGGGGGUACCUUUUCUGCAGGAUGCUGGCAUAGUUAUCAAUUUGCCACAGAUGAUUUGGCACUUUGUUGAUAAUCCUACGAGCGCGUAUGAGUUGAAAGAAGAGGAUGAGCGGGCUGCAUCGACGUACUGGUCAGACUCUGAUAGGGGUUUCGGCAUAGCCACGUCGGCGGUGCUGGGAAGAGCUCCUGAGACGAGAUCAAGGAAAUCGUUUCUUCAACGUGCCUUACCAUUCGACGCCGACCUGCCGACCGAGAACGCUACAGUCCCUUAUCAACUGAUUCCGGUGACCAUCGAUGAUGUGCCGGUAGUACCUCUUCCGAAAAGGACGAAAUCCUUGUUUGACGGCUAUUCUCCAAGGUUUGUGGACACCAUGUACAGGGACGCUCAACAAACCCUUCUGGCAGCGGAGGUCGAGUUAUCUCCGAAUUCGCUUGCCUUGUUCCCAGAACCGAGCAGAACUGGCAUUAACUCGCUGGAGAUAAAGGCUGCAGAAUCAACUUUGCUCGAUGACAGCCAGAAAACCCAGUUGGAGUUGCUACUGCGUAAUAAUGAACAUGUGUUUCAAUUUAACAAGGAACCAACUACGAUGGCAGAGCACGCCAUAGAAACCGGUAACCUCGGUCCGAUUUCGAUACCACCAUACCGACUAUCGCCACCACGCCAGAAGUUACUCAAGGAAGAGUUACAGAAGAUGUUGGAGGAGAAGGUUAUAGAACCGUGUUAUUCUGCAUGGGCAGCUCCUGUUGUAAUGGUACCCAAGAAGGAUGGUAGCACCCGGGUGUGCGUUGAUUAUCGACGCCUGAACGCCAUCACGGUUCCAGACACCUAUCCUAUUCCCAGGAUUGAUGAUCUCCUGCACGCUGCCAAGCCCACGGCUUACAUGACAACCCUUGACCUCAGAGCAGGGUACUGGCAGGUGAAAGUCAGAGAUGAAGACCAGGAUAAGACGGCUUUUAUCACUCCAUUCGGUAUUUAUCGUUUCAAGAGGAUGCCCUUUGGCCUUCGCAACGCCCCUGCGACGUUCCAGCGCCUUAUCGAUCGCGUACGGGUGAGCCUACAGACAAUUAAGAUGUUGGCCUACUUGGACGACCUCAUUAUCUUUUCGGAAACCUUCGCGAGCCACCUGACGGACCUGGAUCAGGUAUUUAAGAGAUUCAAGGAGAUCAACCUAACUGUGAACUUGGAUAAAUGCAGCUUCUGCUGCACGACAGUAAAGUAUCUGGGUCACUAUAUAACCCCUGAAGGCCUGCAGGUUGAUCCACAGAAGGUAGCGGCUAUAACGCAGAUGCCUGCACCUGGGAACUUGCAGCAACUGUUAUCAUUUUUACAAACAUGCUCCUGGUACAGACGUUUCAUCCCGAACUUUGCAAAGAUAAGUGAACCACUGACGCGUCUAACCAAAAAAGACCAACCUUGGCAAUGGGAUACCGAACAAGAAGAAGCUUUCUGCAAGCUGAAGACUUGUCUCACAACCGCACCGGUUUUAAAACAAGCCGAUGAGACGAAACCCUACAUAAUUAAAGCUGACGCUAGUAGCUACGCGCUUGGGGCAGUCUUGGUGCAGGGGGAGGGGCAAGACGAACACCCCGUCGAGUACGCCAGCCGCCUCCUGAUCCCGGCGGAAAAGAACUACACCACUACAGAGAGAGAGGCACUAGCAGUGGUGUGGGCGAUCCGUAAAUUCCGAGGUUACAUCGAGGGUCUGCCAGUGACCAUAUACACAGAUCAUCAAGCCCUCAAAUGGCUAAUGUCGCUGAAGUCCCCUACGGGUCGCCUGGCGAGAUGGGCCUUACAAAUACAAGCAUACGAUGUCACGAUUAAGUAUCUGCCGGGUAGAACUAACGUGACAGCUGACACUCUGUCACGGCCUUUCUGUCACCAAGAAAAUGCAGGAAAAUGUGAGAUAUGCACUGUCACGGUUACCGAUGUUCUCACGCGUAGCCCUGCCGAGAUACGCUGUGAUCAGUUGAAGGACGAACUGGUAGCAAAAAUCGUGCACGCUUUGGAAGGCACCGAUUGUGAAAAUGCUACGUAUUGGAGCAAUAAGGGGUACCUCGUAAACAAAGGCUUGCUGUAUAGGUACAACCCCAGUGAAGAGUGCGAAGAAGCACAGCUAGUGGUUCCUCAACAUGAAUAUGCUAACGUUUUAGCAACGUACCACGACCAUCCCCUCGCUGGACACUACGGCAUCGAGAAAACCUACCAAAGAAUCGCCCGUAGAUAUUACUGGAAGGGUAUGCGCAAAUACAUAGAGUCCUAUGUGAAGAACUGUCUGCCUUGUCAGAGAUACAAGCCCACCAACUUGAAGCCCGCUGGACUACUACAAACAACGGCCUUGAACCAGCGUUUUGAGGUGGUGGCUUUCGAUCUGUUUGGACCCCUGCCCGUGACGAAAAAGGAAAUACAUGGAUCUUCAUUGUGGAAGAUGUGUCUACGGGCUGGGUGGAAUUGUUCCAGUUGCAGACAGCGAACUCUGAAACCUGCGCGACUGUAUUGGUGA